AUGUCGAAGCUCAUCAUUCCAGUUUUAUCACUCAUAAUCAUUUACGUUCACUGUGCACCGUCUCCUCAAAGUGAUGAUGUUGAGAUACAAGGCAUUAAUAAUCAAAUCAAUGGAGCUGAAUUUGAUUACAAAUUCACAUUAGAAGACGGACAUGAACGUCAACAGCAGAGAAAGGAAGUUGACGGAGCUCAUGUCGUAAUUGGAUUUUACAAGUACGUUGAUCCUGACGGGAAGGAAAGAAAAAUUUAUUAUAAAGCAGAUAAGAAGGGAUAUCAAGUCAGCUACGAUAAGCCAUUUGACUUCCCAAGUGAGUCGGAAUCGGAAAGAUUGUCGUCAGCAUAUUUGCCACCAAAGGAAAAUUUAAUCAGAGAUGUUAUAGCGCCAUCGAAUGAAUAUUUGCCACCAUCGAACUCGUAUUUGCCACCAAACUAA